CUAAACCCCAUUUGCCUUUACACACAUCAUGUCUGACAGAGCGCUGCUUGGCGAGGAGAUCAACAAGGAGACCGAGUCGCUAUACAAGAAGGAGAAGAAGCUCGGUGAAGGAACAUACGCCGUUGUCUACCUCGGGCAGCACGUAAAAACCGGUCGCACGGUGGCCAUUAAGAAGAUCAAGCUGGGCAACAUGCGCAGCGGGCUGGACAUGUCGGCAGUGCGCGAAGUCAAGGCGCUGCGCGAGCUGCAGCACCCCAACGUCAUUGAGCUAAUCGACGUGUUCUCGCACAAGACAAACCUGAACCUGAUCGUCAUCAAGGACAAGAGCCUGGUGGCCUUGGCGCACUGCCACCGGAGCUGGAUCCUGCACCGUGAUCUGAAGCCGAACAAUUUCCUGAUUGCCUCUGACGGACAGCUGAAGCUGGCGGAUUUCGGUUUGGCACGCGACUUUGGCGAUAUCUCGCGCAACAUGACUUCGCAGACAGUCACGCGGUGGUACCGGGCGCCGGAGCUGCUGUUUGGCGCAAAGAACUACACAGGGGCCAUCGACAUCUGGGCCAUGGGGUGUAUUUUCGCCGAGCUGCUGCUGCGCGCACCGUACCUGCCCGGCGACUCGGACAUGGGCCAGCUGACGACGAUCUUCAGCGCGCUGGGCACCCCGACAGAGGCCGAGUGGCCGGGCAUGACGAAGCUGCCAGACUACUGUCGACCGCUGAACGCACUGUUCUCUGCGGCCACGCAGGAUGUGCUGGAUCUGAUGGGGCAGAUGCUGGCGUUUGACCCGGCGAAGCGCAUCACAGCUGAGGGCGCACUGAGGCACGCGUAUUUCACGAACAGCCCGCGGCCCACGAGGCCUGCCAAACUGCCAAAGCCCGCAAGGACCAUUGCCGAGGACAGCGAGCCGCGGAAGCGCCCGCUCGACGAUGCAUUCGAUAAUGCGGAGGCACCGAUUGCCAAACGGCCAGUCGAUCUAAGAAUAUCAUCGCCUGCCUAA